UCCACUCACUUUGUCUCGAAUGAAGAGCUGCUGUGAAAAAGGUCGUCACAUGUUUUCACAUAUCUGUGUUCUUUGAAGCCUGGCAUGUACAGUGAGGGGCAUUGCUAAACUGACUGUAUAGGGUUUAGAAUGGUCCAAAACAGAUCGUGGGACCGGGUCAGGCAGUAUACUGAUAAGGUAAUGAGAUGUGUUAGGUUAGAAAUCAUCACAAAAACAAAAUAAAAAAUAACUGUCAAAGAAGACAAGAAAAAAUACAUACUUGGGAGGCUUUUUUUGUCUUUUUUUUCUCCAAAUGGAAACUGCCGUCCAGUUGCUAUAGCAGAAUCAUUCCGACAUUUAUUGAAGCUGGCUUGAGGAAUUCGUUUGAAGAAACAACUCUCAAACUUCAAAAGAAAUCAUUUUUAACGCCUGUUAUAUACGCCUGUUACCCAUGGGAAUAAUUUUGUUGAGAAAAAUGAUAGAAACAUUGAAAAUUGCAGAAGUCCGAUUUGUUUCCCAUUGAGAUUAAAAGCAACAUAUUUUCAGGAUUAACCCUGUUUAUGCAAAUACAGAAAAGUAUUUGUGAAACAAGAUAGCUGUUACGUAAAGGGCUUAAAUAUUUCCAGUGAGGUGAUGCAAGAAACUAUCUCUCCAUGAACGACCUGCUGCACAUCUCUCCAUGAACGACCUGCUGCACUUCACCGGAAGCCAUCACCCAAGGCAAUUGGAAAUAUGUUAAAAAACUUGGGAAAAUGCUGAAAGAAUUAUUAAUAAACUCAACAGUUGCCGCAAGCCUUGAACUGCUGACCCAGACGAAUGCACCUACCCUAAACACUCCCCAAGGUUCAAUCAGCGUUGCAGCGCUGCUACGGCCAACCGGCAGAGGAAUGAGAGAUGGGGAGUUAAGUAAACCUGAUCUCGUGACCUACGUGGUCAUUUUCCUUGUGAUGUUUGUUCUGGUGGUGAUGAUUGUGCUCUUUAUUAACUGCCAGCUGAAGAACUCCUUGUUCGCCACCAUGCCCUAUGACAGGUCGCUAAGAGAAGCACGGACCUCUUGGAAGACUGCUAGAGUGUGACGUGCAACCACUGUCUACUUAUUUAAACUAUUAUUAACUGGACAGAUAUUUUUUUAUUUCAACUUGAGCAAAUGCAGUUCUAGACGACAAAUGUAAACCGUCCAUUUUUAAUUGUAUAUAAUGGCAAUACCACCAUUUAAAACAACGUGGACUCCCGUUAAAAAUUGUGCCACAAUACGGAUUCUGUAACAUUUCAGCGUAUUAAGCUUGUAACACUGUAUGUGAUUGAUGUGAUAUAUUUAUUUAUCUCUGUAUGUAUGGGAUUGUUGUGUAUUGAUAUUAUUUUGAACCAGCACCCGUAGUUAAGGGUAAAUUAAGGGUAAAUAAGAUAUGUAUCCGGCUGAAGCAAAUACCUACUGUAGAGCUUGAUAUUUAUUUUUUCCAGCUGGAAAUUACAGCAAUC